GCUCUGGGCCAGGCUUGGCUACUGUGCCAAAACAGGGCUCGAGCUUAGCUUAGCUGAGCCAUGGAUAAGAAGCGUUCAGUGGGUCGAGAUUGCGGGAGAUGAGAUGAGCCAUGAAUUUGGAUUGCCUGCAGUUGGGGGACUGGUGUUCAGGGGCCCGAGGGGGUCCGUGGCUGCGCCACACGGAGGAGGACCAGGGUGGAGGUGGUGGGGGCCGGGGAAAGAGGAGCGCAGCAGGAGGUCAACCCAGGCUGGAGGUGCCUCUCCUGGGAGGACCCUGGCUCAACUCGGAGGAACUAAGGAGCAGCGUGGUGGUGCUCUAUGCUCCUGCUGGGAACACAUGCUUCCUCCGACUGAGCUCAGGAAUGGAGGAGACUGUUUGGGAGCAGUACACUGUGAACCUACAGAGGGACUCCAAGAUGGGGUUUGGUAUUGCUGUGUCGGGGGGGCGGGACAACCCCAACGUGGAGAAUGGCGAGAUGUCAAUCAUCGUGUCAGAUGUCUUGCAGGGAGGACCAGCUGAUGGACUACUGUUUGAAAAUGACCGUGUGAUCCAAGUCAACUCCAUCCUCAUGGACAACGUGCCUCAUUCCUUCGCUGUGCAGCAGCUACGCAAAUGUGGGAAGACCGCCAAGAUAACGGUGAAGAGACCUCGGAAGGUGGCUCUCCACUCCCUGAAACACCCUCCCUCCCCUGGUGCCGAGAGUCGAGACUUCGGUUCCACCCGCUACUAUGAUGCCGAUGACAACCAGAGCGACGGGGGCUGGCAUCGUGGCAAUGGUGGUCCUGGUUACAACCGUGAGCCUCGGGACCUCACCCCCGACAACAAGAGCUACCUGGACCCCAACUACGGCAACCGGGGGAGAAGCCGGGGGAGGAGCAAAGAGAGGGCGUCGCCAAGCCCAGAGCUUCACCACGACAACAGCAGUGGGCGGGCCUUGGACCGGGAGCCUCCCAGUCCAGAGAGGCCACAGUAUUCACGGGAACGCAGCCGGGGGAGGAGCAUGGACCGGGAGAGACGAGGGGGAGGAGGAAGUCCAGGUGGGAGGAGCUACAGCCGGGGAGACAGCUACGAGCGAGGAGGGGGGAGGUACGGGGAUGGGGGAGGUACCGGGGGGAGGAUGGUGAAGAGUAAAAGUAGAGACAACCUCCGUGAGCCGCCCCGUUCGCCCUCUCCUGACCUCCCCCGAGGAGGAGCUAGAGACCUGGAGCCCCUGGAGAAACCUGUUAACGUCCUGCUGGUCAAGAACAGACCCAACGAAGAGUAUGGUCUGCGUCUGGGCAGUCAGAUAUUCAUCAAGGAGAUGACCAGUACAGGACUGGCUGCCAAGGACGGAAACCUACAGGAGGGAGACAUUAUCCUCAAGAUCAAUGGGACAGUAACAGAGAACCUGUCUCUGAACGAUGCAGGGAAACUCAUAGAGAAGUCUAGAGGAAAACUCCAACUGGUCGUCCAGAGAGACCGCCGCCAGAUCCUCAUCCGUAUCCCGCCCCUCGUAGACUCCGACUCCGAACCUGAUGAUAUCUCAGAGAUGGAGUCCUACUCCCCACAGGAGGACCGUAGAUCUCGCCAGUCGGACCUAUCUUCCCACUCCUCCAACGAGAGAGAGAACCCCAGACCUCUAACUAGCCUGGAAGACUCUCCCAGGGUAGCCAAGAUGUCUGCCAUGGCCUCGCCCUUUAGGGUGCCCCCCCUACAGGACCCAAACGCCCCGGGCCCUGCCAUACUGACCUCAGAGGGGCUGCCACGCCUCGACGAGCAACCAGCGUCAGCAAAGAUUACUCCUAAGAUUCUGCUACGCCCCAGCCCAGAGGAUGAAGAGCUCUAUGGCGCUAACACAGUGAUGGUGAGUUUCCAGAAGGGGGACAGUGUGGGCCUGAGGCUGGCGGGGGGUAACGAUGUGGGCAUCUUCAUCGCUGGCAUCCAGGAGGGUAGUCCUGCCGAGGAGGAGGGGCUACGCACAGGAGACCAAAUCAUGAAGGUGAAUAGCGUUGACUUCCGAGGCAUCGUGAGAGAAGAGGCUGUUCUGUUCCUGUUGGAGAUUCCUAAAGGAGAGGACGUCACCAUACUGGCCCAGAGUAAACCUGAUGUCUACAAUGACAUCCUGGUAUCUGGUCGUGGGGACUCGUUCUUUAUCAGGACUCAUUUUGAGUAUGAGCGGGAGGCUCCCCAGAGCCUGGCCUUCUCCAGAGGGGAGAUCUUCAAAGUGGUGGACACUCUCUACGAUGGCAAGCUGGGCAACUGGUUGGCCAUCCGCACCGGCAAGGACAAACAGCUGCUGGAGAAAGGCAUCAUCCCCAAUAAGAGCAGGGCUGAUCAGAUGGCGAGCGUACAGAACUCCCAUAAGGCUGCUGGCACGGACCGUGCCGACUUCUGGCGUCUGAGAGGUCAAAGGGCAGCCAAGAGGAAGGAGCUGAGGAAGAGCAGAGAGGAUAUCAGCGCUACGCCUAUCGCCACACGCUUCCCUGCGUACGAGAGAGUCGUGCUCAGAGAGGCUGGUUUCAGACGUCCUGUGGUUCUGUUUGGUCCUAUAGCUGAUGCAGCCAAUGACAAGCUAGCCAACGAGCUGCCUGACCUGUUUGUCAUCGCCAAAACGGAGCCUAAAGAUGCCGGGUCGGAGAAAUCCUCAGGAGUGGUGAGACUUAACACCAUCCGCCAGAUCAUCGAGCAAGACAAGCAUGCCCUGCUGGAUGUGACUCCCAAGGCGGUGGACACUCUGAACUACACCCAGUGGUACCCCAUCGUCAUCUUCUUCAACCCAGACAGUAAACCAGGGGUUAAGGCCAUGAGGCAGAGGGUGAUACCUGGUUCCAACCGCAGCGCUAGGAAACUAUAUGAACAGGCUGUCAAACUGAGGAAGACCUGUUCUCACCUAUUCACUGCUACUAUUGAUGUGAACUCAGCCAACGAUGCGUGGUAUGGCAGUGUGAAGGACUCUAUCAGGGAGCAGCAGACUCAGGCUGUAUGGGUGUCUGAGGGGAAGCUGGACUGGACGGAGAUGGACCUUGAUCUCCAUGACGACCGCAUGUCAUACCUGUCAGCCAUGUCAGCCGACUACCUGAGCAUGGACAGCCGAUUGGCCAGCGACUACGAUGACACGGCGGAUGAGGGUGGGGCUUACACGGAUAACGAGCUGGACAACGAGCCGGCUGACCAACUGCACGUGUCCGCUAUCAGCCGCUCCUCUGAGCCCGUGCUGGCAGAGGAGAUCCUGCGCAGGUGUAGUCCAGAGAUCCGUGGUCGUGUCAGGAGGGUGGGCAGCAGGGAGGUGCUCAGCAGCGCCAGCCCACCCCCCGCGUUUGUACCUGACCCCCCCAAGGUAAAGCUGCUGUUCAGGGAUGAGGUAGUCCCUCCCAUAGGGUCAUACGAGCCCCCCCCCAGCCGAGGCUACGACUCCCACUCCUCCAGCCCUGCCAGCGAUCCCCCUCCUCUCACUCGCACCCUUAACUCAUUUGGCAAGGCCAAGCCACUGGCACCUCCCCCCAUCGCCAUCAAACCUUCCUAUAAUACCCAGGACACCACCUGCAGCACGGCCCCAAACACAGCGGCCUUUAGGGGCCCGGAGGAGCCAGGGGAGAGCCCUGAGGACCCCAGCCUCAAGUCGUUCCUGGGGAAGAUCAAGGCCUUUGAGAAGAUGGACCACUUUGCACGCACUCAGAGGAUGCUGGAGCUGCAGGAGGCCCAGAACGCCAGGUUGGAGAUAGCUCAGAAGCACCCAGACAUCUAUGCUGUCCCUGUGAAGACCCAGAAACUGGAUCACAGCCGGCCUCAGCCUAUAGGUUCCAGCUCGCGUCCUGAGCCCCAGACCCCUCCCUCCAAGCUGCCAUACUCUGAGAGUUGUGGGUUCUACCCCAGCGAAGAAGAAGAGGAAGAGUACCGACGCCAGCUGGCAGACCACACCAAGAGAGGCUACUACCAGACCAACAACCAGAAAUACCAGGACACAGAACUUUAGACUAUGCUACCAGCAGCCAUAAAAUACCAGGACACUGAAUGAAGUGUAGCACUACUACGUGCCCACCUACCUACCCUACCACACCCACCUACCUACCCUACCACACUAAACUGUAGUGCCCCUUCUCUCCUGGACCCCCGACUACCCUUAACAUUCUAAAGUAACAAGACACAGGGCUGGUUGACAGACACCCACACACUGCUGAGCCUUGCUCUGAUUGACUCAGUUCAGCGCGCACAAACGCACACUCUCAAUUCCACCGGGACUCUGCCCCCCUCCCCUGACCCUGCACCAAUACGCUGCUGACUCGGAAGCUGGCCAGUUUUAAGUUUUUCUUAAAACCGCUUUUUUGCUUCAAAAAGUGGAUAGUUACCUCACUGUUAUUAUUCUUGUUUAAUUUCUAUUUGCGUGUUUGGUUGAGUUCUUUUUUGUUACACCGAUCUGUGUUAUUGUUACACCGAUCUGUGUUAUUGUUAUACCGAUCUGUGUUAUUGUUAUACCGAUCUGUGUUAUUGUUAUACCGAUCUGUGUUAUUGUUACACCGAUCUGUGUUACUGUUACACCGAUCUGUGUUACUGUUACACCGAUCUGUGUUACUGUUACACCGAUCUGUGUUACUGUUACACCGAUCUGUGUUACUGUUACACCGAUCUGUGUCACUGGUACACCGAUCUGUGUUACUGUUAUACCGAUCUGUGUUAUUGUUAUACCGAUCUGUGUUAUUGUUAUACCGAUCUGUGUUAUUGUUACACCGAUCUGUGUUACUGUUAAACCGAUCUGUGUUACUGUUAAACCGAUCUGUGUUACUGUUACACCGAUCUGUGUUACUGUUACACCGAUCUGUGUUACUGUUACACCGAUCUGUGUUAUUGUUAUACCGAUCUGUGUUAUUGUUAUGAUCCAUUUAAUCAGGAUGUUAUUUCUUGCCUAUGCAACUCCUUCAGUUUGCUGCCUGCAGAGCAACUGAAACCUAUUACCACGAGUCCCUCUCUGCACUCCACAAGAACCUUAAACCUUACGAGUCCUCCAAGCUGUAUCUUCUUCUCGUUACUUCUUUCCUUUUGUAUAUCCAACAUUAUAACCAGCUGUCUCCAAACUAUUUUAAAAGGUCACAUAUAUAUUAAUAUAUAUACAAUGUCUGGUGUUUAUACUCCUCCAUCUUUGCAUUCCUUCCUAUAUGAUCAUGUGUGUGUGUGUGUGUGUAUACAUAUUAUAUAUAUAUAUAUAUAUAUAUGAAAGAGAGCGAACGAAAGAGGCAAUAUAUUAUAUAUACAAUACACUGGAAUGUAAGAUUUUUUUAAGUGCCUUUUACUUUAUGAAUAACAUAAUGAGGUUUGGGGACAUCUGACCAUGCAUGGCACACCCCUGUCCCCUGGACCACACCACUCUGCUGCUCUCAAGCUUUUAGGGAAAACAGGGAACAAGAGACACCAAAACCUUAAUACUGUCCCCACUGUACCGUCCCUCCAUCCGUCCCUUUGUCCCUUCCUCCACAACGAUAAUAUCCGUGACCAGUCCUGUCCCCCAGAGACAUGUCCAACAUGGGAACAGCAUUUAAUCAAAACCGCCUCUUGAGUGGCGCAGCGGUCUAAGGCACUUCAUCGCAGUGCUAGAGGCGUCACUACAGACUCGGGUUCAACCCAUGAGACGGCGCACAUUGGCCUAGUGUCGUCCGGGUUAGGGGAGGGUUUGGCCAGCCGAGAUGUCCUUGUCCCAUCUUGCUCUAGCGACUCCUGAUGGCGGGCCGGGCGCAUGCAUGCUGACUUCGGGUCGCCAGUUGUACAGUGUUUCCUCCGACACAUUGGUGCGUCUGGCUUCCGGGUUAAGCGAGGAGUGUGUCAAGAAGCAGUGCGGCUCAGAGGUCGCAUGGCUCUCGACCUUCUCAACCUCCGUACGGGAGUUGCAGCAAUGGGACAAGACUGUAACUACUAAUUGGAUAUCACGAAAUUGGUGGGGAAUGUUUUCCGAGUUUCCUGGGUAUGAUAAAAUGUAUGAGAAUAAAUUCACUGUGCAGAACAAAAAGAAACUGAUCAGUAAUAUAACUCAAACAUGAUCUUUCAAAAGAGGAAGGUCAUUUUUGUUUUAACCACGGAAACCUGGAUAACGGUUUUGAUUGAAUAGCAACCCAGAUCAGGUGGUUUCAGAGAGGAGGUUUGAUGUAGGAGAUGUGUGAUUGGUUGAUAUGUAUGUCAGUUAUUUCUGUUGUGGCGUCUGUCAUGUCGGCUGUCGUGGUCUCUGUUACACUGUUGAUGUGUUUCUACAUGCUUGAUUGUAUCUCAGUUCAGACUAUACCUCCAGUGGGUUAUAAGUGCUUAUGAUUGAACACACAGUAUUAAAGAGAGAGAAACAGAGAGAGAGAGAAACAGAUAGAGAGAGGAAUGACUGGACAAUGUCUGCUUUGGGUCUUUCAUGUAGUUUUAUCUUACAACACCAAAUAAAAGAAAGUCUUUCAUUGACCGAGUGGAGAAAACA